AUGGGUUUAUUUCCUAUGUUGACUGACGAAUGGUUGGAUGAACACCCUGAUGAGCGCGAGCAAGUUAUUCGCGAGAUGUUUGUGCUGACCCUUGACUGUAUUCGAGAGUUCAAGCUAUCUAUCAUCCUUUCUUGCCAAUGCUUUCCAUCUUUCCGAGAUGAGCGCUGGGGUUCAUUCAGUGGCGAUGAUGUGGUUCAAAAUCUACGCUCAUCGAUCAAAUGUGCCGAAAGAUUCCACCCUGCCAAGUUGUGUUAUGAGGAAUAUGAUAGUUUGGACAAAAUGCUCCGUCAAAUCUUUCAUUCUUUGUUCCAGCCGUGUGCAACCUGGAAAAAGGAGUAUAACAUGAAGCUGGAGAAAAGGCUGGAUCGCAAAAGACGGUAUAUUCAAACCUUGGUCUCAAGUCUCCGGGAUCAUGUGGCUGAAUAUGAUGAAAUUCGCAUGAGGGCAAUUUCUCAGGGCAUUUCUUGGAAUCGCGAAGGUUCCUUCACAGCUGAGCAGUGGAAUGAGUCAAAGAAAGCACUGGAUUGGAUUGUUCAAGCGUUGUCUCCUGACACAUCAGGGAAGUCGGACUUCAGGGACUUGGUCAAACAAUAA